UCUGCAUCUUUACUUCGCGGACAGGUCAAAACAAAGCUGACGUCAUUUCUGCAACAAGUACAUUUGUUUACAUUUGUAAAAAUUGAAAAAAUGUCCGCAGAAUCGCCCCGAAAGCACCUUAAAUUUGUAAAUAAUGUUGUUCGACCACAGGGCUUCAGUGACAAAACAGUUAUGGAAAACGUAGUUGAUUUCAUAUCAGAUGUUGUACCACAGGCCUAUAGUGGAAACCAAAAAGUUGAUGACAAAGAGAAAAUUUUGUGGAUGAGAUUUGAAAGGAGUGAUAUAAAUGAUAUAUCAAGGAAUCCAGACUUUACUGUUGGAGAAAACAAAGGCAUUCCAUUAUUACUGAUAUUGGGUUAUAGUAAUGGAGUUCAAAUCUGGAAUAUAAUGCCAAAUGGUGAAGCACAGGAGGUAUAUUCUGUAAGACAGGGACCAGUAAGGAUACUCAGGGUAUUACCUACACCUUCUCCAGCCUAUGGUGAAAAUGAUAAAUUUGCCAGUAAAAGACCUUUAGUAGCUGUCUGUGAUACUUCAAGUGCUGGCCAGCCCUAUUGUGCAGUAAAGUUUGUGUCUCUGAAGACAGGAGAUGAAGUUCACAACAUUAGUUUUAAAACAUAUCCCGUCAUUAAUAUAGAGUGCAAUAAAAGAGUGAUUGUAGUUGUAUUUAAGGAGAAACUUUGUGUAUUUGAUGCUGCCACCUUAAAACAGAAGUUCUGGAUAACAGACUGUUUUCCUUGUACUGGUCCAAGUGAAAAUCCAGUGGCUCUUGGUAGUAGAUGGCUAGCAUAUGCUGAUAAAAGAUUGGUACCAUUACAUCAGUCGUUUGGGGGGAUGUCAGGAGACGGGGCACAGUCAUAUGCUGCAACAGUCAUCAGUGCAGCUAAGGGAGCAUUUAAAGGUUUAUCUGUAUUUAGUGAGGCUGUGGUUAGUAACUUGACUGGCAGCAAGCCCUCAACACCACCCAAGAAAUCUGAUCUUAACCAGAUAGAUAAUGGGAACAGACCCGGCAUUAUAUCUAUUGUUGAUCUACAGAAUAUACAUGGGGACCAUUAUUGUGUAUCAGAAGACAAUGAGGAUGACAGUUUAGUGGCACAUUUCCACGCUCAUGCUAACGAACCUGUAUCUCACAUGUUGUUUGACCCUGCUGGGACAUUGUUACUUACUGCCUGUAAAUUAGGACAUAAUUUUCAUGUGUUCAGGAUUAUGGCCCAUCCCUGUAGCUCCUCACUUGGGGCUGUACAUCAUCUAUAUACAUUACAUAGAGGGGACACAACAGCUAAGGUUAUAGAUAUGGCGUUCAGUCAAGACAGUAGAUGGGUUACAGUUAGUACACAUAGAGGUACAACUCAUGUGUUCCCUGUAACACCUUAUGGCGGUAGUAUAAAUGUUAGAACCCACUGUAAAGCUAGAGUUGUCAACAGAGCCAGUCGAUUUCAUAAGAGUGCUGGUAUAGAUGAUAUGGACCAUCCAAGGCCUGAUAGAGAUAGUCCAAUUCUAUCUGGUAGUCCAGGCUCCACAACAGGUGGAAACUAUGACAACUAUCCAAGCCUGCUAAGACAGAAUGCUCUUAAUAACAACAUAGAGAAUCCACGACUGCCACCAUACCCCCAUGCCACACAGAUUUAUCCCUUGUCACAGAUCAAGCAGCCACUGAUGCUGGCCACCAGUAUAGGAGGAAAGACACAAAGCCCCACCCACACACCUAGUGGCAAAGAUAAUGUUGUGGUGGUAAAUGCCUGUUUUUCUACCCCUCGUCUCUGGAUUGGAGGGAAUCCUAGUGUAUCUGUAGAACAUAGAGAGGGUAAAAGGGUAGUAGAUUCUCUGUUUGUGAUGAGUCAGACUGGUAUGUUAUCAGAGUACAUACUGGAACCUCGAGCUAAGCUAGGACUAGACAAGGUAUCAGGAGAUAGCCCCCUGGAGCUGGUAGUUACAGGAUACACACAGUGGACCUUACAAAGAUCCAAGACAUCAGAUGAGAUCAAGCUACCCCUUACAAACAACAACCCACUUAUACUGUCUUGUGAGGCUGUUCUUACUCAACAACCAUCAGCAUUGUGUGAUGAGAUAUCAGCUGUACCCCGCCAUGACUCUAAGGAAAGUCUAUCGUCAGAUCAUGGUGUUAAAGAUAUGGAUAUAGAAGACCAGUGGUUAUCCCAGGUUGAGAUUAUAACCCACAUUGGACCACAUAGAAGACUUUGGAUGGGACCACAAUUUUCCUUCAAGACUUAUCAGAAUGUACAGAACACCACAGUCCUGUCAGCUCAGUCCUCAGCCCUUCUAUCACAGACCCCUGAAACCAAUGUACAGGCCAUGGAUGUCAUCAGUCAUAGUGAUGAUGUUAAUCUAGAAAGUUUAAAAAUACACCCUGCUAGAUCAAGUCCAGUGGCUAUGCCUAAUGCUAGGCCAGCAUACAGAAGACUGUCAGGGAGUGAUAGCACACCUCCUACAAGUAAAGGAGGACAACAUAUUAGUCCUCUGUUGAUAGAGGCAGGAAGUUUUGACCAGUCUCCUAAUCUAUGUGAUGUGUACAGUAGUUGGGCUGAGUCUACAGUAACCAAACCUCGAGGUAGUGAGGAUGAUGAGGACAGAAUCAGAGAAACACUAGCAGAGGCCAUGUUAGAAUCUCCCGCUAAAGAAGCUGGACCAUCUAGUAUGAUGAAUGAAGUAUUUGAUGGUAGCAAUGAAAAUCUGAGUACCAGUUCAAGUUCCAGUACAGGGAUAUCAUUACCAAGAAGCGCUGAACAACAUAUACUAGAUAAUGUUUUCUCCAUGGGCUCACAGGAUUCAUCAGGUUGACAAACAAACCUUGUUACAUUGGUCAUAAACUUUUAAGUUGUUUGGCUGCCAACUACAGAAGUCAGACAUUUUGUGAAAGAAGUGAAAUUUAAGCAGUUCUGAAAAUACUGCAAGUUUUAUUAAGACCAAUGUUAUGAACAUCAUUGAAAUAACUUUAUCAUAAUUUGGUUUGAUAAUAACAACAAUAUUAUUUAAUGUAACAUUUUAAACAACUUUGUUAUUUAAUGUAACAUUUUUAACAUCAUUGUUAUUCAAUGGAACAUUUUCAACAACAUAGUUAUUGAAUGCAAUUUUUUUUUAACAAUAUUGUUAUUAAUGAUACAUUUUUAAACACAUUGCUAUUUAAUGUAACACUGUGCUAAAAGUAUAACUUAACUUAAUGCUAUUGUUAGAAGGACAGAGAAUGGAGUCAGUGGACAUUUCAAUCUCCUCUAAUAUUGUUGGAUUUUAAGUUAUUUCAAGAAGAACAUUGGCAAUUAUUUUUUAUUUGUUUUUAACAUUUUGAGGUUGGGCUUCAUAUGACAUUCUAGUCCGAAUAUUUACUUUGUACAUGAGGUAAAAGAGUACCAUGUAUUAGAAAGUUAAAAUAAAAGAAUUAAAUGGCCAAACAGUAAAGUACUGUGGAUUCAUUUAUUUUAGUGGGUACCAAUUUUCAUGGAUAGAGUAAAAAUUACAGGAUAGUUGAAAUUUAAUUUCGUGGUUUUGGCAAAGUCUGCAUACAAACCUAUAGAAAAUAUGUUAUUCGUUGAACAAUUAAUUUCGUGGUUCACCUGUACCCACAAAAUCCACGAAAAUUGGUAUCCAACGAAUAGUAAUGAAUCCAUAGUAUAUAAGGAUUAGAUGAACAACAUAGUAAUGUGCUAAAAUCUGCCAUUACUGAUACUCACUAUAGAGUUUAAACAUUGUUCUGAGAAAGUGCAAUAUAUGAUAAUAUGAAGAAUGCAAUAUAAUAAUAUCUACCAAUUCUGCCAGUUAAUACAAGUAAUGUCUACAGACUUUUUGGCUUUAGGUCCAGAUAUUAAGUCGCCCCUUAAGGUGACCUGACUGAUAUCAAAAUAUCAAGAUUUAUUUUCUCAGACACAAGUCUUUUACAGCAUUGCAGGCUGUAAAAAGCCUUGUGCCAAGUUCCUUCUUCUAAGUAACAAAACAAAGAGACAAUAAUAAGGAACAAAAAUUACCAUUUGACACCUGAUGGUAAAGGGCAUUCAUACCCACAUAUAUUGGUAAAAAAACUCUCGAAUGAGGAUAAAAAGACAGAGUUUUUUCCUUUCUUUGCAUCCAUGUCUCCAUUAGUAAAUAUGUCUGUUUGUCUGUAAAUCAAUUAUUAUAUAAUUUAUUAGAUAAGUUUGGGAUGGAGGUAGUUAGUUACCCAUGAAGUUGUGGUCACAUCAUCUUUAAAACUUAGUACACAUGUUGAUGAUAAAGUACAAUCUGUUUGAACUAUAUGCCAAAUUAGGGUUUAAACUUAAAUUUUUCAGUUCACUUAACAUUGAAAUGUCAGAGUGUAAACAUGGAAUGGUGUCAUGUAUAUAUUGGAUGUAAAUAUCUAAUAUUUAAUUGUUCUACCAAAAAAACAACAAAAUCUUAUAUUUGUUCUUGAUUUUAAAGCUUUGUUUGUAAAGUGAACAUUGGACCUAAGUCUUUUCAAUAAUAAAUUAUAGGUUUGAUGUUUGAGUUUGUUAAGAAAAAGAAAUAUCUCAAAAUGUUAAGACAGAGAUGUAAAAAAAAAUGCAGAUUUAGGGUUUUUAUAUGUAUAAUAAUUAAAAAAAUGAUGGACAAAAAAAUAUUUUAUAUUUUAGUUGAUAAGUAACAUUAUUCAAUUAAAGAUUAUAAAAAAAACCUUUAAAUUAUUUAAACCAUAAACAUUCAGUAUCUUUUUUAUAUAAGAAAGGAAUUUGACUGUGAAUAGUAGUUUUGCUUAUGUUUAUUGUUAUUGUUAAACCUUUCAAAAGGCCAGUCUCUGAGCAAGUGGAGAUAACUCAUGCAUUAAUUUUAUGUAUUAUUUUUUAUCAAAUGUUUUUCUGUGAUAAAUAUACAUUUAAAAAACAUAUAUAUAUUUGAAUAUAUUGGUUAGGGAACUUUUUAAAAAAUAAUAGUUUGCAUUAUUCAAUUUGCAUAAGUUUGUUUGUUUCAUAAAAAUACUUAACACUAUAAGAGGUGGACAGAAGUCUAUUAAAAGAUUAAAAGAAGUAAUAAAUUGUUUGUCAAACAGAUUGUGUGAAUAUUCAGAUUUUUAUUGACUACGCCUCUUUAGAUCAAAUCAUUAAAGUAUUGAAUUUGUUAUAGUGACCGUAUAAUUGACUCCUCACUGACCAUUUGAUAUUUGUGUCCAUUUCAUAUGGUCAUUAUUAGAAAUGAUACUGGCCAUAACAGACUUUUAUAUCUUGUUAAAUAUCAGAUGAUAUGGUCAUCAAUAUGUUAUUUAAUGUGAAAUUUUGUUGUUGAAUACAAAUGAUGGCUUGCUAAUUUUCCUUUUUCGUGUGAAUAUUUGAUGGUUUGAGAUGUUUAUGAGUGCAGUGGGUCGUAUGAAUGGAAAUUGAAGUAAGAACAGAUUGCCUAAUUGUGUUGAGUUGUGAAAUUUGAUUGUCUGCUAAAAUUUUAUUUGUUGAGAUAUUAUGAUAUAAAAUUAUUUAUAAAUUAAAUGAUACACCUUCAA